AUGACUGAGGAGCUCACAACACUCCUUCCCCAAAGUAAUGCAAGCCAGGCUCAUGGGACUAAUCAGAGCGUGGCGGUGGAAAAGACAGAGGCAUCGUACGCUGUCCUCAAGUUCAUGGAGAGCUUCUGCCUCAUCAGCGCCGUCUGCGGGAUGGUGGGAAACGGCAUAGUCCUGUGGUACCUCGGCUUUCGCAUCCGGAGGAACCACUUCACUGUCUACAUCGUCAACCUGGCCGCUGCCGACUUUGGCUACCUCCUCUGCAUCGCCGUUGAGACGGUUCAGUACCUGAUGCAGUUCAACGUGGGGGUGCAGUUCGGGCCCUUCCUCUUCCUGGAUCUUUUCAUGUACGGGACCGGCUUGUAUCUCCUGACCGCUAUCAGCAUCGAGAGGUGCCUCUCCGUCCUCUGUCCAAUCUGGUGCCGAACCCACCGCCCCAAGCACUUGUCCGGCACCAUCUCCGGCUUGCUCUGGGCUCUCUCCCUGCUGCUGAACACGCUCGGCUACGUUUUGUGUACCGUUCGCCGCUCCGACGGGAGCUGCCGGCUCCUGCUCAUCGCCAUCGGAGCCUUGGACUUCGUCUUCUGCACGCCCCUCAUGCUGCUCUUCAGCCUGACCCUCUUCCUUAGAGUCAAGUGCAGCUCCCAAAAGCUCCAGACGGGCAGGCUCUUCACCGUCAUCAUGCUCACCAUCCUCUUCUUCCUCAUUUUCGCCGUGCCUCUGGGCGUCCUGAUCUUCUUUGACUUCUUGGGUUACAAGUUCCUCUACUCCCCGGAGAUCGGCUUUGUGCUGUCCUGCGUGAACAGCAGCCUCAACCCCGUCAUCUACUUCCUCGUGGGGAGCUACAGGGAGCGGAGAAUCAAGUUCACCCUCAGGCUGGCAUUCCAGAGGGCCUUUGAAGAUUCAGCAGAUGACAAAGAGGAACGGGAAAGCCGUAACACGAAAACUGUGUCCUCCUAA